AUGCCCCGCCACCUCCUCCCCCAUCAUGGGCGUGUCAUCUUUUCGCUGCGCGAACUGGAAAAGGGGGAGACGUGGUACACCGAAAACCGCAACUGCGUGCGUCGCAUCUCCGACACCCACGUGCUCCUCGGUGAGACCAUCGAGUUGGCCAUCCCCGAGGAGGAGGACUUUGAUGUGAGCCGAGGCAUCCUCACCUUCAACGGCGAGCAACCUCUCCUUCUCCUGCUGCUGCCAGUCCGUGUCCGCUCAGUCGCUGAUCCAUUCUUUGUCGCCUUUGUGAUCCAUAUUAUCAUCGUCAUCGUCAUCACCAUCGUGCAGGAGGACACCCAGGUGUCGGCAGAGGCGGAGGUGGAGCGGUUGAGCGGCAUGAAGUUCUACGAAGGCAUUCCGCUGUCGUCGGUGGAAGUCGAGGGAGCGCAGGAGCGCGGGAUCGUGGUGUUCACCCUCCAGCAGCUGCCCGAUGGCCAGCCCUUCUACUUUGACCACAAGAGUCGACUCACCAUCGCACGGAUGGGCGACAAUCUCUACGCCAUCAACGGCAAGGAGUUCCAGGGGGCUGUCGUGAAGCAAGUGCUGCCGUCGGACUCGUCCCUCCUGGACCUGGUCUUCCCGCAUGGUGGCCGCAAGGAAGCGGACCUGGCCGACGACGACGGCGAUGAGGGCGACGAAGACGAGGGCGGAGAUGGGAGCGGGUCGCACGAGGCCAUCAUGCAGCAGAUCUUGGCGGCGGCCGCGGCCAGUGAAGAGGCGCAGGCCGAUGAGGAGGAGGAGAUCGCGCGGGCCAUGCUGCGCGAGUUCGACGAGCGGCUCAAGGGAGCCACGCUGCGCCGGGCGCAGGAGAAGCGGCGGCGGCUGAGCCUCAUGAUGAAGCAGUACUCGACCGACCCGUCGUCCCCGUUCCGCGCUCUCUUCCUGCCCUCCUCGCCCCUCUCCACCUCCGGCACCACCAUCCCCGUCCGACUGCAGCCGCAAGACCGCAACGACAUCGAUGACCAGCAGCAGCAGAAGAGCUCCCCGGAAGCGACCCACUGCAACGACGACGACGACGACGUGCACGCCUCCGAGACUGCGGGAGGCCUCGUCAUCCCGAGCGGCCGAGCGGAUCACGGCGAGACGCGACCGGACGCGGGUCUUGGAGGCAAAUGUCAGCAGGAGCCGCCCCGCCAGGAUCUGCUCGUGGCCAGGGAGGAGGAGCGGGACGACGACAACGACGAGGAGGGUCUUCUUCUCGAGGACGUGGACCUCAACACCCCGCGCCACGAGCGGCGAGCAGCAGCAGCAGCGCCCCAUGACGACGGUGGUGAUGGUGGCGCCCUGGCCGAGCACCACCAGCAAGAGGAGCAGGCUCCAGUUGCCGCCCACGCCCCGACGCAGGUGGAGCAGGAUGGAAACACCGCAGCAGCAGGUCACGAGGACGACGAGCUGGAGCAGCAGGAGCCGGGUGACCACCACUAG